AUGAGGGACAAGGAGUUAAGGAAGAAAGAUGAGGGUUUUGUAGACAGCUAUCCACAGUGGUUGGAGAAUAGAGUGCGAGAAGUCAAGUUGUCUAAGAAGACAAAUGGUGAAAGGGUCGAGAUAGAUGUACCUAUUAAGGUGGAGGAGGUCAGAGAAUUGAAAGCAGAAUUGCAGAAAUCCAUGGGGACGAAAGAAAAGUUAAAGGGAGUAGUUAUCAGGGUAAGGAAACAAUGCAAUAGACUAAGGGAUGUCAACAUGUCAACAACUGAAGCAUUAGAGCGAGAAAUAAGAAGGGCUAAAGGGGAAGAGACGAACAAAAAAAGGUACCAAGGAGCUUUGUCAAACAAUAGUAAUGAACUCAAGCUGAGAAGGGCAGAGAGGGACCAAACAAUAUCGGAAAACAUGACACUGAGAAAUGAGUUGAAGGAUUUUUGGGUGUCAAAGGAAAGCUUGAAGGAGCAGCUAGGCAUGAUGGAAAAGAAUAUGCUAGUAAUUGUCUAUCAAUAUGAGGUAAAGAUGAUGAAGGAGAAGCAAGAUUUGGCUACUAUACAUGGGCAGGCUUUGAGAAACGAGUAG